AUGGGGCCCAAAAAGAUCAAGUUCUCCGAGGAUGGCGAGCUUCCUGACGGAAUGUCAGCAGUAAUUGAGCCAGCCGUUGAAAAACAGCUGAGUGACGAGUCAGAAUCAGAAAGCGAGUCAGAUUCUGACGAGGCUCCCGAAGAGGAGUCGAUAUCUGCAUCAAAAGCGAGGACGUUGAAACAACAAAAAGAGCAAGAGCAACUAGAACAGGAGUUGAAGAAGAAAGAGAAACAGAAAAGAAAAGAGCAGGAUCUCUUAUACCAGCAGCAACAACAGGAAAAGAAGAAGAAACUCGAAGAAAUACUUGCAUCGUCCGAGUUACCUGAUCUUCUUCCAGAUGAAUUAAUAGAGAGUGUUGAAGAGGAACGUAAGAAGGAGAAACAACUUCCCCAGGGUAAACACUUGAGAUCGGAGGAGCUCGAGAGUGAACUUGCAGAGAUGAGAAAGAAGGCCAAGUUGGAAAAGUUGAAGCAACUCAAGCAGCAGCGAACUCUGGCGGUCAAGAAGGGGCCUGUUAACGUCCAAGUGCAAACGUUCGGGGAGAAGAAGAAGACUGUUCCUAAAGCAGACCCUAAAGUCCUAGAAAGCAAAAAUAGCUGGCUCAACAGGGAAUCGUUAAAAAGGAAGUGA